CUCUCCUCGCGCAGCGGUCGCUCAGGCAGCAGGGACGCGAGAGAGCCGCGCGAUGCCGUCCGACCAGGACGAGGCCAACCACUACAGCGAAAUUAGCGAGGAGAUUUAUCCUCUCACCCCGGCCCGGUCGCCUUCCACGGCGGCCCGCUCCAAGCGGCAGCUCGCCGAGGCUGCCUCGCCGCUCACGUCGCCGCCAGCCGCGCCAUCGGCCGCGCCGGCGGUCAUCAGGUCGCAAACGCCAGAGCCCGCCGUUCGCGCGGCGGGCACCCGGGGCGGUGGCGGGAGGCUGCCCAUGGACGUCGAGGCGGUGUGGCUCUCUGGCUCGCCAGAGGCUGCCCAGGUGAGUCGGGUGUGGCUGACCGAGAUCGGGUCGACGUCCAAGGAGUUCUGCGUGGACGUCUCGCUCGCGAGCGGCGUCACCCUCACCGUGCCGCACAUGAGCGACGACAACGACGGGCACUGGUUCUCGCUCGCAAAGGACGCCGCCACCUCCCAGCGGCUCCUCGCCCGCUUCGAGUCUCGCGAGCUGCCGCCCUCGCCGCUGGAGCUGCUGCUGCGGCUGGCCGCUUCGCCGUUCGCCAAGGAGCUCUCGACGCUCGCCGUCCUCUCCUUCGCCGCCGCUGUCUCGCUCGGCGCUCGCGCGAGCGGGCAGGGCGGCGGCGGAGGAGCAGGCCGGCCGCCGCCGCAUGCCUCACGCGAGCGAGUGGCGGCGCCGCCAGCGACGGCGCUCGAGGCGGUGGCCGGGUUUUGGCCGUGGCUGCUCGGCUGCGCGCUCGAGCGGCUCUCCGACCUGCCUCUCCUCUCCCCGCGCAGCGAGUCGGCGCCGUCCGGCUGGG